GCGUGGUUUUUCCGUCAUUGACCGCUAACCCCUUCUCCAAGUUGGAACCAGCAAAAUCAGACCUAGAAAGUACAAUUCCAUUCUUCUUGCAAUCAUCGUCUGAAAACCCUCUCUAAACCCUCAGCCGCCGCUAUGGGAACGCCGGAAACUUCAAGGGAACCAUGUCCCGAUCGGAUCCUAGACGACGUCGGCGGCGCCUUCGGCAUGGGAGCCGUGGGCGGCUCCGCCUUCCACUUCGUUAAAGGCCUCUACAACUCGCCCAACGGCGCCCGGAUGAUCGGCGCCACCCAAGCCGUCCGGAUGAACGCGCCGAGGAUCGGCGGCAGCUUCGCCGUCUGGGGCGGCCUUUUCUCCGUCUUCGACUGCUCCAUGGUCUACGUCCGCCAGAAGGAGGAUCCGUGGAACUCCAUCGUCGCCGGAGCCGCCACGGGCGGCGUCCUCUCCCUGCGCCAGGGCCUCGGCGCGUCGGCGCGAUCCGCCGCCUUCGGAGGCGUCCUCUUGGCUCUCAUCGAAGGCGCCGGUAUCAUGCUCAACAAACUCACGAGUAUUCCGCAGGACGCUCCGAUCUACGUGGAUGACCCUCUGGCACCUCCAGGUGGGUUCCAGCAGGCGGCGCCGGAGUCUUCCCCGUCCCCGAUCGCAUCGUCGUGGUUCGGAGGACUGUUCGGAGGAAACAAAGAGGAAGAGAAUAAGAACGGCGUGAAGACGGAGAUUCUGGAGAGCUUUGAUUCGCCCAUCCCACCAACAUUCGAGUUAAAGUGAAAUUCUCCCUUCAAAUUCAAACCUAAAUUUUUAGUUUUUGUUGUAGAACAAUUGAAAUUAGUUUUAUUAUGAGAAUCGGAUUCAAGGCUUUAGUAGAACAGUAGCAAAUGUAUGUUGUCUUUCCCAUCAAUAUAUGAAUUUUUGCAAUUUUCAAACAGCCGAAAAUUUGUAAUUUAUCUGCAAAUAAAUAUGAUUUGCAAGAAUCUUGAAUA